AUGACAGUGGUGCACAGUGCGAGGCAGCUUCCACCAGGAGAAGGGGAGGUGGAGGCACCUGGGACCCCUUCCAUGGCUGGAAGUCUGUGUCUUCCGCUCCGCUCAAGUUUGAUUUUGUUUUCCAAGGGGAGACUGAGAAGAAUGAUUAUUCCUGAGACCUUGCGAAGGAAGCAAGUAGCGCGAGUGUUGAAGGCCAAGCAGAGACCCGGAACAGGCUCCACACGGCCAGGCAGACUGACCAGUUGCAUCUUCAAGAGUCCGAUCACUCGAGUCACUGCCCACCUGGGCAAUGUGGUUCAGCACUGGCUGGCAGAGGGGUACCUGGAGAAGGCCCAGCAGGUCUGUGCGCUCAGGCGACUGCAGGGGCUCCGCGCCAGCAGCAGCGAGGGAGAGCCUUUACCCACUUUGGAAUUUGCAAACUCCUGGAAGAUGACAGCACCGGCAAUCCCAAGCAGAUCCGCAAGUCCAGCUGGUGCUGGGUGGAUGCAGUCAAGGCCCGAGCCUACCCCUGAGCCAGCCUCCAAGGGUAGUGAGAUUCCACCAGCAGAUCUGGGUGUCUCCGGGCCUCUCUCCAGCUGGCAGGUAACUCCUGAGGACAUUGAAAGGCAGACGAGGAAAGGGAAGGAGCUGAGGAGGAGACUGGCUGAGGCCCUGCAGGAAGACAAGGUCAUCAGAGAAGAAGAGAAGGCAGGGAGGGGAGACUGA